GCGGUGUCAAAGGCGCAGCAGUCGUGGAUGCGUCGCUGGAUUUACAAACCGGUAAAGAGCCCGAGAUAAGGGCUCGCUAUGCCCAGGCACAUAUAGCGCAGGUGUAGAGCUCUCUGUCUCUGGCUCUUAUCUCCCGGCACACCCGUUAUCAGAUUAGAUAAGACGCUGGUUUGGCUUUUUUCUCUCCUCGACGCCACUUGCGCGUUAGUCCGUGUCGCUCGUUGCUUCGAUUUUCACCUCAUGUCGCGCUGCUCGCGAUUUUAACUCUGGUUUUUGCUUGGACGAGUGUGCGUGUGUGAAAAUCUACAGCUGAAGAUGGUGUCCGUACAGACGAUCGGCGGCAUCGUCGUCAAGGGGCUUAAAUUGCUACUGAAUUUGAUCAUCCUCAUUCUCUACCGAACGGGCUACAGCGGAGAAUUUUUGGGCGUGGGUGGAACAUGGAACCUGAACGAAGAAAAGAAUCCAGACGCGGAAAUCGUCGCUUCCGGUGUUUUCGUCGGCUUUUUCAUCUACACCAGCGUCGUGCUUAUCAGCUUUUGCUUUGGCACCAUGGAUCACAAGAAGUCGAUCGUUGAAGUCAUCAUGAACUUUGUGGGCAUGUUCAUGUUCCUCGCAGUCGGCGGCACUGCCCUGCACUACUGGCACGGCUACAUGUCGGAGCACAAGUACCUGCACGUUGCAACGGAGAGACAGGUCGGCCUGGCGCUGGGAUCUCUGUGCGUGCUAGAAGGCGCGCUGUACCUCGUCGAUCUCAUAUUGACGGGUUUGCACAUCGCCAAGGAGGAGUUCGCCUAACUUCACGAGAACUUGGAAGAAACACUUCAAUUUUUUUACAGAAAACUAGAUGUAUCAAUUUAUCACCGAUUUUUUUUUUUUUUUAAUAAAACUGCAUUUAUGUUUCUCGAGGGGUGGGUGAACCUUUAGAGAAGUUUGAAUGAAAUAGUUAAAUGUAUGAUAUUUUAUUCGACGUUUGCGUAGAGACACGUGCUCGCAUUCUUUUGUAAACCAAUUUUUUUUUCUUGACAGUACAAUGUUCUUACGUUCAUUUCGUUUAUCGCUCACUUAUCAUUUUGUAUUUUUAAUCGACUUCUUAAUCGAAAUCAAUAAGUAAGUAGGGUUUUCAUCGCUUGUUCUCAUGUAAGUUGUAGGGAACUAGGAUAAGCAUAUUUCGCGUAGGCUUAAGCUACUAAUACUUUGUUUGUAACACUUUUAUAUUGCGAAAGCAUCUGUAUUCAAUCUUUUUACUUCGUUGUAUAAUGAAAGGGUAAAUAAUAAAUGACAAAUAAAAGAAUUCUCCUCUCGCAUCUUGUUCUAAAUCACCGAUAAAAACUGAAGUUCGAAAGUUCUGUAACUCUUUAUAACCUCCUCUUGCGCCAACUUCAAGUUACUUUGAGCAGUACUUCCAGCGACUUUAUCGACUUUCAGCGGACUAAUCAAUCAAUAAAAUAUCGCAAUGGUUAAAUCCUGCAACGAACUCUGGUGCGAUCCCCACUUCAGUCUCAAAUUCGCCGUAUUGAUCUUGGGAGUUUUGGUGAACGUUUUCCUCCUCUACCAAUCCACGUACAACACUUACUACGAGGUGAUCGUGAAAGGCUACCAUUUCUCUUUCCUCACCGUCUUACUUGCACUCGUAAUCGCGUGCAUCUGGUUCGAGGCGACUGUGAUCACGGAAAUCAGUUUGCUCGUCGCCGCUCUGAUAAAGCUGGUCGUGAUCACGGCUAUUUACGCGGAACACAUUCGGGGUCUGGGCUGGUACGUCGCAGAUAAGGGAGUCGAGAUUCCAGCCGAAAGACGGCAGUACCAGAAUACGCAUUAUAUAAAAUCGUCGGACGACAGAUUCUACAUUUUCCUGGUCAUGAACAUAGCAUCCAUGAUAAUUAUCUUCGUCGACAUCAUUCUACGCGCGGUGAAGAAAUGAGAAGCAGAAAGGAGAACAAUGUCACAUGAAUUUUGAACCAAUUUGUAAAAUCAAUCGUUGUCUAUGCAUAAUAGAUUGACCAAAAUACGAAAACUUGAUCUUGUUUACUAGCAAAAACGUGAAUAAAAACGAGUAUAUUUGAGAUUUCA